UACCGACCUCUUGAUCCCUUCAAAUUUCCCAUUUCUCUCUCUCCAAACCCAAUUUCUCUUUCUCCUUCUCUCUCUCUCUCUCUCUGUACUUCCCAUUUUCCUUGCCCUCUCUCGCUCUUUCUCCCCCUCUCGCUCUAGCCCUGCGCGUCGAAGAAAUCUUCUCAGAAAUGGCUCAACGAACAGAGAAGGAAGAGACCGAGUUCAAGGUGCCAGAAACCCUGACCCUCUGCGCCAACAACUGCGGCGUCACCGGUAAUCCCGCCACCAACAACAUGUGCCAGAAGUGUUUCAACGCGACCACGGCCAGCUCCUCCUCCUCCUCGUCCUCCGUCUCUAGCUCGUCGGCCACCAUCUCGGCGGUAGCCACAGCCAGCAGCUCGGUUCUCAGCUUCUCGGCCGAGAAGAGUCCCAGAUCUAGGUCGUCUCGAUCGCCUGACCGCAGCGGUUCUUCGAUUGUGAUGAUAAGGAAGCAGGUCCAGGCAUCGACGGCCCCCGAGACGGAGUCAACGGCGAGGAGGGAGGUGAAUCGGUGCUCGGGUUGCAGGAGGAAGGUAGGUCUGACCGGGUUCCGGUGCCGCUGCGGGGAGCUUUUCUGUGCGGAUCACCGGUACUCGGAUCGACACGAUUGUAGCUACGACUACAAGGCCGCUGGUCGGGAGGCGAUCGCGAGGGAGAACCCGGUGGUCAAAGCUGCGAAGAUCGUUAGAGUUUGAUGUCACGAAUUUGACGGAGCUGGCUGGCUGGCAAAUAUGGAAACUCCCCCCCUACCUUAUACAACGAGAUUCGAUCUCGCCGUCUUUCCCAACGGCGGGAAGAGGGUAUUUCGAGAAGAAGGCAUCCAAAGCCCAAAUCAUCAAUCAAUCACCGGAAAAAAAAAUUUGAAGAAGAUGAACAGAAUUCGGAUGGGAUGUGAUGUGCCGUGCUGGGCUGUGCUCGUUGGUGGUCAAUCAAAAUCUUCAAUUAUCUAUUUUUCUUUUUCAAUUUGUCGUGCCUUUUUUUUUCUCUAUCUUUUUCAUUGAAACUUGUUUCCUUUUUUUCUUUUCCUUAAAUAGUUUGGAUUAAUUAAGAAGAUUAAUAGAUAAUUAUGGCUUGCGGGGUGGCGUGAUUUUGUGAAUGGGAGACUUCUUUCCUCC